UGAAGAUGAUGGAGGAACAGCAGAAAGCAGCAGAGAAACAGGCUGAAGAUCUCAAUAAAGAGCUGAAGAUGAUGGAGGAACAGCAGAAAGCAGCAGAGAAACAGGCUGAAGAUCUCAAUAAAGAGCUGAAGAUGAUGGAGGAACAGCAGAAAGCAGCAAAGAAAGAGGCUGAAGAUCUCAAUAAAGAGCUGAAGAUGAUGGAGGAACAGCAGAAAGCAGCAAAGAAAGAGGCUGAAGAUCUCAAUAAAGAGCUGAAGAUGAUGGAGGAACAGCAGAAAGCAGCAGAAAAAGAGGCUGAAGAUCUCAUUAAAGAGCUGAAGAUGAUGGAGGAACAGCAGAAAGCAGCAGAGAAAGAGGCUGAAGAUCUCAAUAAAGAGCUGAAGAUGAUGGAGGAACAGCAGAAAGCAGCAAAGAAAGAGGCUGAAGAUCUCAAUAAAGAGCUGAAGAUGAUGGAGGAACAGCAGAAAGCAGCAAAGAAAGAGGCUGAAGAUCUCAAUAAAGAGCUGAAGAUGAUGGAGGAACAGCAGAAAGCAGCAAAGAAAGAGGCUGAAGAUCUCAAUAAAGAGCUGAAGAUGAUGGAGGAACAGCAGAAAGCAGCAAAGAAAGAGGCUGAAGAUCUCAAUAAAGAGCUGAAGAUGAUGAAGGAACAGCAGAAAGCAGCAGAGAAACAGGCUGAAGAUCUCAUUAAAGAGCUGAAGCAGGAAAUCACUGAGCUGGAGCAGCUCACACAGAUGUUCUCAUCCCUGUACAGUAUUUCACACACCAAGAUCUCUGAUGUGGACGAGAAAUCUCUGAAAAGAGCUCUGAAUCUACUGAAGGAACAACUAAAUGAAAAACUCAUUCAAACUGAGUUGAAGUUUGUGCAGAAGUUUGCAGUGGAUGUGACUCUGGAUCCUGAUACAGCACAUCCUCGUCUCAUCCUGUCUGAUGAUGGAAAACAAGUCAGUGAUGGAGACAUGAAGAGGAACGUCCCAGAAAACCCAAAGAGAUUUGAUUACUCUCCUUGUGUUCUGGCAAAGGAGGGAUUCAGUUCAGGCAGAUUUUACUAUGAGGUGCAGGUGAAGGGAAAGACUCAGUGGAGUUUAGGAGUGGCCAGAGAAUCCAUUAACAGGAAGAAGCAUACAUGGCGGAGUCCCGAUAAGGGAGUCUGGGCUGUGACUCAUUGGAAUUAUAAAUAUGUGGCUCAUGACAGCAAAUUUGUCUCUUUAUCUCUGAGUGUGAAACCUGAGAAGGUGAGAGUGUUUGUGGAUUAUGAGGAGGGUCUGGUCUCUUUUUCUGAUGUGGACUCCAGAUCUCAUAUCUACUCUUUCACUGGUCUGACUUUCACUGACAAACUCUAUCCAUAUUUUUGCCCAGGUUAUAAUGAAGAAGGUAAAAACUCAAAGCCACUGAUCAUCACACCUGUCAACUGAAACAAACAAAAAACAUAAAAUCUGAAAAGAUUCAAUAUGGAUGUGAUGAUUUUAGAAUAUGUAAAUAAAAACCAAAAUUUGCACAAUCAAGUAGAUUUUACUUACAAAUAUAAAGAAAAUUAAAAUGUGACACAAGUGCAAAAAAGAAAUAUAUAUUCAGGCCUUUAGAAAAAAAUCAGUUACUGACAAAACAUGAACUAUGAUGAAAUAUUUGUGAGUUAUAUGUACAUGUAAAUGUCCAAUUUGUUACACAUCUAUAUAUUUCUUUUGUCUUUCAUUAAUACUUUGAUUUUCAAAUCAACUAUGAAAUUGUUUCUACAUUGUUUCUGAAGCCAUUUUCUCUCUCCAGCUGUUAACAUUGAAUUACUUGUGAAAUAUUGUGAUUUUUGGUUUAUAUUGUAAUAUCUGAAUAAAGUCAAGAGUUCAGUUCUAUAACUGAUAUUGCUUGUAAACUAAAUUGUUUGCUAAUAAAUAUGUAAAUACACAUUUGAGAAUGAUUUGAGUUCAUGAACAUCUGCUCACAGAAACAACAGACAGAAUAUGAA